AUGCUGAAGCCAGCGAGUGCAGCAGGCCAGCAAGCGGCCGUGAAGCUCACUGCGGGGUGCAUCCGCCGCUUGGCCGAGGGUGUCCCGUGUGCGACGCUGGCGCCCCUGGUCCAGGUGGUGGCCAAGAGAGUUGGCAGAGACAAUGCUCAGGACGAGUUUGCGGACCGUCGAACAACCCUGAGCAUUUCAGAUGGCCAACACUUCAUGUUGGCUAUCCUGUCGCCAGACAUCCAGGAUCCAGCUGAAGGGAGCAUCAUCCAGCUGUUGGAAUGGAAGCGUGGGGCCUAUGAAGGCGGGCUUACCUUGAAUGAUUGGGAUCAAAGCUCUGCACAAGUCUUUGACGUGGUGGGCCCGCCAGUAGGCAUCCACACCAUCAGCUUAGGCACCCCUGAUCGCGUGGAGAAGGUGGAACAGGCUGGUGCCAACCUGCCUUGUGUCACGUCAGCUGCCAUGGCGCCACCCCGUCCGGCCGGAGCCGCGGGAAUAGGUCGAACAGGAAAGAAAGGCGACCAACAGCAUCGAUCCAUCACCUGCUUGUGGCCUAACACAUCACAGGAGUUUUUGUAUACAGAUAUCACAGAUACUGUAUAUUAG